AAGCGCUUCUAUCAGUGUUGUUAAUAUUACCGUUGCUGUUCCAUGAAAAAGAAUGUGUUGUUAAACGAUUCAUCUCUUUUUUUCUCUCUUUUUUUUUUCAAAUUCCCGCUCAAUCGUAUUCUCUGUCCUCUUGCCAGGGGUGUGUUUACGAAAUAUAUCGAGAUUUUUCGCGAAAAAAAAUCAUAUUUUUCCCCAUAGUUUCCCCUUUGCCGUUUUCUCUCGUGUUCCGUUCCGUUCCGUUCCCGGCCGAUUCGAUAUUCGAACUCGCUUCGCUGAAAUUGGAAGGUAAAGAAAGGUGAAAGUCACGUUUGAAAGAAAGAAAGUGAACGUAAAGAUGCAUAAUAUCAAGGAAAAAUUCGACAUCGAUUAUUCGUCGUUCAGGACCGAAAUCUCGAAACGCAGAAGAUCGGCCACCACCAGGGAAUUGACUAAAAUGGCGUAUUCCGCGCCGAAGAACGUGGUCUCGUUGGCCGAGGGUAUGCCGAACGAAGAAACCUUCCCUUUCACGGAGAUCUCCAUCAAACUUAACGAUGGAUCGUCUUUCACCCUAGACGAACGAGAAUUGGGCGCAGCUUUGCAAUAUAUUCCCACUCAGGGUUACCCGCCGCUUCUUCAGACCCUGAGGGAGUUCCAGAGAAGGGCGCACGCACCUCCCUUAUGGGAGAGCCGCGACAUCAUAAUCGUCUCCGGUUCUCAAGAUGGAUUAAGCAAAACUCUCGAGGCCAUACUCGAACCUGGCGACUCGCUCUUGGUGCACGAUCCUUUCUAUCCAGGCGUGGACAUUGUGGUCUCGCCGUAUAAGAUAGAGUUGAUCCCGAUCCCUCAGGAUGAGCACGGUUUGAUUCCGGAUAUUUUGAGGGAAACGUUAAGAAACAGAAAGCUGUCCGGGAAGAAAAUGCCGAAAAUAAUGUACAUAAAUGCCACCGGAAUGAAUCCCACCGGUGUCGUUAUUCCUUUGGAAAGACGAAAGGAGAUCUAUAGGAUAGCUUGCGAAUACAACUUCUUGAUCCUGGACGAUGAUCCUUACCACUUCUUGCACUUCGAGGAGGUGGAGCCAAAAUCGUUCUUAUCACUGGACACCGAAGGAAGGGUAAUUAGGCUUGACUCCUUCUCUAAAGUGGUCAGUAGCGGUAUCAGAUUGGGCUUCAUCACGGCGGCGGCUCCAUUGAUAGCCAGUAUAGAGCUCCACUUGCAAAGCAGCCAUCUCCACGCCCCUACGUUAUCCCAGGCGAUACUGUACAGGCUGAUGAAAUUAUGGGGAUACGACGGGAUGAUAAACCAUUUCAAAUGGAUAAGGCAUUUCUAUAAGAAACGGAGGGAUAUUAUCGCUAGGUUCGCUGAAAAACACUUGAAUGGUUUAGUAGAUUUCACCAUUCCAAGUGGAGGUUUUUUCUUAUGGAUUAAAGUACGAGAUAUUAAAGACACUUGGAAAAUGCUUAUGCAGCGAGGAAUUACAGAAGGUGUGCUAAUGGCACCUGGUGCACCUUUCAUGAAAGAUUCUUCCAAACCUUGCAACGCCAUCAGGGCUAGUUUCAGCAAAGCUUCUUACGAAGAAAUGAAUCUGGCAAUGGAGAGGUUGGGAAAUUUAAUCAGAUCCGAGUUAAGAAAUAAUUCAUUUAUAAAUGGAAAUUCGUUGAUCAAUUAAUACUUUUUGUGAAAAAUUAAUAAUAAAAAUAUCAUAACAUUAUAAAACUUUUAUCGGUGGAGGGAUAUUCAGUAGAAUAUCUUAUGUAGGUAUAGUAGAAAUUCUUGUACCGAAUGAUGAAAAGUUACCAACCACUACUAACGUAGAAAAAACUAUUGUGAUUAUUUAAAAUUCUUUUAAAAUAUUUCGCAUCUUAUCUGCUAGAGGACUAUAAGAUCAAACUUUUCGUUUAAUAUUUAAUAUUUAAUACUUUAAUAUUUAUGAUUUUGUGUAUUAAUUAUAUAUUAAUUUUUACGCCAUUUGAAACGUUUCAU